GCAGAUCUUAUCACUUCUCUCGCUCUCGCUCUCUCUUUUCUUUUUAGUUUUUGUUUGGCAAAGACUGUAGCGCCGUACGAUGGCCUUCUCUCGGCGGCGCAAACACCAUCUCCAUCUCCACCGCCUCCGGUCUCUGUUUCAGGUUUUAUCCGUCGUCUCCGGUGCUCUUCUAAUCCUCUUUGCCAUCCUUUUCUUUCUCUCUUCUCCUGACGAAUCGAAACACUUUCACCUUCGACGCCACCAAACCUAUGUUAAUGAAGUCGUCCAGGAUCCAGUAACAAAUGGAGGUUCUGUUUUCAGUAUUCCGAGUAGCGGAGGAAAAUUAGAUCGUGAUAUAUGGAGUUCGAGAAAUGCUAAAUUCUUUUAUGGAUGCAGUAAUGCCAGCGCCAAAUUUACGAAAGCUGAAGCCAUUACGCAUCCCACUCGAUACCUGGCUAUAGCCACAAGUGGAGGUUUGAACCAACAAAGAACUGGAAUUACAGAUGCGGUUGUUGCUGCUCGAAUUCUGAAUGCUACUCUUGUUGUUCCAAUGCUGGACCAAAAAUCAUUUUGGAAGGAUGCAAGUAACUUCACAGAUAUCUUUGAUGGUGAUUGGUUCAUAUCAUUUUUGUCAAAAGAUGUUAAAAUCAUAAAGCAGCUGCCUAAAAGGGGAGGGAGGACUUGGACUCCAUACACCAUGCGUGUUCCACGGAAAUGUAGUGAAAGAUGUUAUGUAAAUCGUGUAUUGCCGGUUCUUUUGAAAAGGCAUAAUGCAGUUCAGCUCAACAAGUUUGAUUACAGACUUGCAAAUAAACUGGAUACAGAUUUGCAGAAGUUAAGAUGCAGAGUUAACUACCAUGCUCUUAAAUUUGCUCACCCUAUUCUAGAAAUGGGUAAAAUGCUAGUUCAGAGAAUGCGGAUGAGGAGCAAGAAUUAUAUUGCUUUGCACUUAAGGUUUGAGCCUGAUAUGCUUGCAUUCUCGAGCUGUGAUUAUGGUGGAGGUGAAAAGGAAAGGAAUGAAUUAGGUGCUAUAAGGAAGAGGUGGAAGACUUUACACAAAAACAAUCCGGAUAAGGAACGGAGGCAAGGAAGAUGCCCACUUACCCCAGAGGAAGUUGGUCUGAUGCUUAGAGCUCUAGGAUAUGGAAGUGAUGUUCAUAUCUAUGUGGCAUCUGGUGAAGUUUAUGGAGGGGAGGAAAGUUUGAGACCUCUGAAAGAACUCUUCCCAAACUUCCAUUCAAAAGAUACCAUUGCCACAAGGAAAGAAUUAGGGCCGUUUUCUUCAUUCUCUUCUAGAAUGGCUGCACUUGACUUCAUUGUUUGUGACGAGAGUGAUGUGUUUGUCACCAACAACAAUGGUAACAUGGCUAGAAUACUAGCUGGAAGAAGGAAAUAUUUUGGACAUAAACCUACUAUUCGUCCAAAUGCUAAAAAACUAUAUCGCGUGUUCUUAGGUAGGAAAAACAUGACAUGGGAGGAAUUUGCCUCAAGAAUUCGUACUUUGCAGAGAGGUUUUAUGGGGGAGCCAAUGGAGGUCAGGGCAGGAAGGGGUGAGUUUCAUGAGAAUCCAUCCACCUGUAUAUGUGAAGAUUCAGAGGCAAGGGAGAAGUUAAAGGCAGAUUCAAAACACAAGAAACAUAGGAAACUGGAUGAUUUGUCAAAAAAAGAUGUUAUGGCCAUUGAUGAUCAGAAUGGUUAUGAUGAAAACGAUGUGCCAGAAUGGCCUGAUCUGGAGGAUGAGGAAGAGGAUCAAAGUGGGCCCCAAGAGAAGCUCCUUUAUAACGCGACAGGUUCGGAUUAUGAUGCAUUCAGCUCUGAUGAACCCGAGUUGGAAGUGAUGCUUUCAGACUGAAUAGAAUGAGCUACAAAUUGGUUCUUGAAGUUCCUUCUCGCUUCUUCGGUUAUACGAGACAUAUUCAUAGUUUUGUUGACGGAAAUCCAAAAUGCCCCCGUCUAUUAAUUCCCCUGGAUUUCUCAGCAUUUGUUUUCUGGUUUGAGUUUUUUUAUUUCCGGAAUCAGUUAACUUACGAAGAGAAAAAUGGACGGAAGGUCAAAUAUGCAACUUUGUACUCUAUUUAGAUGAUGUUCCAGAAUAUGGUACAAAAGUAUUAGCAUGGAAUAGGGGAAAUGCCGCUUGCUGUGGCGUUUGUUUAAUCAAAUCAUUGAAAGAUAAGGUAGAAAUAUAAAAUACGGGCAUGGUUCAAAAGAUUUUUCCCGUUA